UUUGCGAAUACAAAAAACAGCCAUUGAACGUUAAGAUGAAAAGAACGUACCAGUCCGGUGCUGAAAAACGAAAACGGAUUAGAGAAAUAGAGAAAUGUGCAGUACAUCAAAAAAAAUAUCUAGCUAAAUUUCUAGCAACUCGAUCUGAAAAUCAAAAUAUGGGAUGCAGCUCUUCUAGUACACCAAGUGAUUAUGUAGACAGUGACAAGGGAAGUACCAAUACUGAAGAUUGUGCACUUCAAGAAAAGCUUAAUAAUCAGGAAUGCGAAGAAACAGUUACACAAAAUACGGGAUGCAUCUAUUCUAGAAAACCAACUGAUAGUGUAGACACUAACAAGGGAACUACCAAUACCGAAAAUUGUGAAUUUCAAGAAAAGCAUAAUAACCAGGAAUGCGAGGAAACAGUUAAACAAACUAAAUUCAGUAAGGGGUCAAAAGAACAAAGUAAGUUUUCACAUGAUAUAGCAUUAUGGCCACAGUAUUUAACAGAUAAAAUGGUAGAAUAUUAUUUGAUAAACACACAUUUCCAAGCCAUAAUAACUAAAAAAAAAGGGUUAUCAGUUUCUGGACGUAUAGACACACUUGAUAUAAAAGAAAGGUUUUUUGGAUUCAUUCCAAUUGAGAGGCAUGAUGCAGCAUAUUUAGAGAAAGUUGUAUUGGAAUCAUUGCAAAAUCUGGGUUUUGAUAUAAAAAACUGCAGAGGCCAAACUUACGAUAAUGCCGCGAACAUGUCUGGUCAAUACAACGGAUUACAAGCAAAAUUGAAGGAACAUGUUGAAACAGCUACCUAUAUACCAUGUGCUAGUCAUACUUUAAAUUUAAUUGAAAAUUCGGCUGCCGAAUCAUGUUCAGGGGCAUUGCAUUACUUUAACUUUAUUCAAAAUAUAUAUGUGUAUUUUUCUUCAUCCACACGAAAAUGAAAUAUUUUGAAGAAUAAUUUACUGGAUUCUUCUAAAAAGAGCAACGUAAAGAGAGUAAGCGACACAAGGAGAUUAAAUUAUAAGAACAUAAAGGAAUCAUUAAUUGAAAUUAGUAUGAGCGAAACGGAAAAACCCAAGUAAAUUGAAGGCAAA